CCCACACGUCUCUCUCGAGAUGUCGGUGGCUGCGGACGUCUCUGACUGGAUCGACACUCCUGCUCCACUCAAUACAAAUAAGUGUGGAGAGAGAGCAGUGUUUUCAAGUAGUGACACCAUCGUCCAGCGGCGGGAUCCUGAUUCCGUGAGAUACAAGUGUGUCUGUUACACAGCCCAUCCCCUGUCUCCAGGGCAGGUGUGGCAGACCACCGUCCUCGAGACUACCAUAACUUUGUUGAGUGGACUGACUGUUGGAGUGACUGCCACUCUACCUCAAGUGGUGCCUUUUGAACUCCUAUUCCAAAGGUCUGGACCCCAUGAGUGGCUCUAUAGGGGCACAUCAUUAUCGCACAAUGGGAGGAAUGUGUCUUCGGAUCUUCCUAAUAUCGAGUUUCUCAAACGUCAUCAAACAGUCGGACUUCUUCUCACUGCUAGUGGUGAUCUUCAUGUGUUCAUCAAUGGACUCCACGUGAAAAAGGUAGCGUCUGGUCUGCCAGUAAAUAACCAUCUGUGGGGAGCAGUGGAUGUGUAUGGCAGAUGUGCCAAGAUCAAAUCUGAGCUACUGAGUGGAGGAAGGUGGGGCUGGUGUGACGGACUAUGUCAACUACUACUAUAUACUAAGCAGCACUGUGGAUCUGGACUGGAAGAAAAUCGUUUUUUUAGCAAGUGAUAUCAUAUUACCUAAUUCCCUCUCGGUGAUACUAUUUUUAACUUCACUGGGAGAGGAACGCACUGUAGCCAUAGUUUAUGAUUUUUCCCUUUUUCAUGGUAGGUAGGACAAUCCUUCUACAGAGUCAUUUGUUGCAAUUUUGUUGUUGCUGAUUUUAUUCUAAUUAAUAUUCAUGAAAACUCUAAAAAAUCUUCAUAAAACACAACCAAUAAGAUCUCGCUACAAAACAUACUACUAAUGUUAUAUGCAAGAAAGUUACAGAAAAGUAAAAAAAAUCAAUUAU